ACUUUGACAUGACAAUAAUUUGGUGCUCGUAAUCCUGGUUUUGUGUUCUGUUUUUGUGUGUCAUCUGACCUGUGUGUGUGGUUUCAGCGGUGACGAGUGUGAAAGCGUGGGCUCUGGAUCGUGAGGUCUUCCAUAACAUCAUGCGCAUGACUGCAGAGACGCGACAUGAACAGCACCGCAACUUCCUCAGAAGUGUUUCUCUGUUGGCAAACCUGCCCGAGGACAAGCUCAGUAAAUUUGUGGAUUGUUUGGAAGUGGAAUACUAUGACAAGGGAGAUUACAUCAUCCGGGAGGGUGAGGAGGGGAACACUUUCUACAUCAUCUCCAAGGGAAAGGUGAAAGUGACCCAGAGCACGGAGGACCACUCCGAGCCCCAGGUCAUUAACAUGCUGCACAAGGGAGACUACUUCGGGGAGAAAGCACUGAUCAGUGAUGAUGUGAGAUCAGCCAAUAUCAUUGCAGACGAGGAUGGAUUGGAAUGUCUGGUUAUUGACCGAGAAACCUUCAAUCAGACAGUAGGGACGUUUAGUGAGCUUCAGAAAUAUCUACAGGGCUAUGUGGAGAUACUGGACCGAGAUGACAAGAAGAGGCAUGCUAAGAAGUUGACCCCCUCGCUACAGAGCCCUCCCCUCUCCCCUGGGCUCAUCGAGCUGAGCGAGACCGACCAGAGCCCCACGCCUCGCCUCAGCAACCUUGAGGUCAUCACCACACUGGGGGUCGGUGGUUUCGGACGUGUGGAACUGGUGAAGGUGAAGAACGAGGAAUUGACAUUCGCCCUGAAGCGCAUCAAGAAGGCCCACGUGGUGGAGAACAAGCAGGAGGAGCACAUCCACUCAGAGAGGAGAAUCCUGACAGAGGUCAACUCACCUUUCAUCAUCAAGCUUCACCGCACCUACAGGGACACCAAGUAUGUGUACAUGCUUCUGGAGGCCUGCUUAGGAGGCGAGAUCUGGAGUCUCCUCAGGGACCGGGGAAGCUUUGAUGAGCACACGGCCAGGUUUUGUGUGGCUUGUGUGACCGAAGCCUUUGACUACCUCCACCACAAGGGAAUCAUCUACAGAGACCUGAAGCCAGAGAAUCUCAUGCUGGAUGCAGAGGGGUACAUUAAGCUGGUUGACUUUGGCUUUGCUAAGAAGAUGAAGUGUGGCCAGAAGACAUGGACGUUCUGUGGCACGCCCGAGUACGUGGCCCCCGAGAUCAUCUUGAACAAGGGCCACAGCUUCAGCGUAGACUUCUGGUCCCUGGGCAUCCUUGUGUUUGAGAUCCUGACGGGAAGUCCUCCGUUCACAGGCUCGGACCAGAUGAUCACCUACACCUUCAUCCUGAGGGGCAUCGAGUCGCUGGACUUCCCCAAGAGAAUCACCAAGAGGCCAGCGGACCUCAUACGCAAGCUGUGCAAGCAGAACCCAUCUGAGCGUCUGGGCAACCUGAAGAAUGGGAUCACAGACAUCAAGAAGCACAGGUGGUUCAGUGGCUUCAGCUGGUCUGGGCUGAAAAACCGGACCCUGAAAUCCCCUCUGAAGAGAGAGCUGAUGGGACCCACAGACCACAGCUAUUUCGACACGUAUCCACCUGAUGAAGACAUCCCACCGGACGAGGUGUCUGGCUGGGAUAUCGACUUCUGAAAGUGUUUGGUCUAGUCAUCACUCUGUCUCUCUCUGUCUCUCUCUGUCUCUCUCUCUCUAUCUCUCUUUCUGUGUGUUUCUCCCUUAAAAACCUUUGGGUGGAUCUAAGUGUGUAAGUGUGUCAAGAGUGGCCAUGAAGGCCGGCACUGCAGGGUGUGUAUGGAGUGUGUGGUUCGUGUCAAGGAUGGACACAGCCAGAGCAAGAGCUGUCACGACGGCUCUGUGUCACUCUGAUGUCCACUUUGAGAGGCAUCCCAAACAGACAAGGGUCCGCAGGACGUUAGCCUGAAGUCACUUCCCAGGACCACUCUACACAUCACAGGGCUGCUCUAAAGUCUUUUCCAAGCUCACAGCCUUUAGAGGACUCUCGAAAGGAUGCUCUCAGGGAUGGAGGAUAGCAUAUCAGGACUGUUAGGAGAGAGAGAUGGACAGAGA